AACGAAGUUAGUUCAAACAAAACGAUCUUCACAAAAACUACAAACCCAAAACCACAAAUCAAACCACAAACCACACAGAAAAGAAGAUCUCAAAGAAAGACGCUCUACCCAAACCACAAACACAAAAGCCCCAAAAGAAACUGUCCCCUGCUUCAUACUACUAGGCUUAUAUUGGGCCACAGGCAGGUGGAGGCAAUCAGCGAUUAGGCAGUUAGGUAAUUACCUCCACCUGCACUACCCAGACCAGCGGAGGCUGGGGACGUAACAAGAGGUUGUCAGUCUCCUGGAUUGCCCACCUUGUUACUUUUUUGUUUGACCAUCAUUGUCAUAAUUAUUCUUUUUAAAGCUUUAAUAAAAAUGCAUAUUUUCUCUAAAAUUCAGUCUUUCGCUGUGUUAUUACAUCCUAUUUUCAUGUCUUUUACUUGCUUUAUGCACCUCCUAGACCUGGUCAUCCUGAGGGAUUGCUCCUCCUCCGAUCCCACGGUGACCCCUCUGCAUCAGUCUGACCACCACUUCAUUUCCUUCUCCCUCCCUCUUGCUCCCCUCCCUCCCUCCCCUCCAUCCACUCCUACUGUCAUGGUCUGCUGUAACGUCCGCUCCCUCUCUCCCUCCUCUCUCGCUUCUAGUGUCACUGCCUCACUCCCCCCUCUUGAAUCCUUCUCCAGCCUUCCUACUGACUCUGCAUCCUCCGCUCUGUCUUCCUCGCUCUCCUCAGCACUUUACUCUCUCUGUCCUCUACUCUCCAAGCCGGCACGCUCGUCCCCUCCCAGUCCGUGGAUGUCUGACCCCCUCCGAACCAACCGGGCCAGCCUACGUGCAGCGGAGAGGAAGUGGAGGAAAUCCAUGGCUCAAUCUGACCUGUCUGCCUACCAGUCUCUGCUAGCUGGAUUUUCUACUGCUACCUCCACCAGUCCGGCUUCAGACCUGGCCACUCGACAGAGACCGCACUCCUCUCGGUCAGUGACUCGCUUCACGCCACACAAGCAGCCUCCCGUUCGUCCGUCCUGAUACUCCUAGACCUUUCUGCUGCCUUCGACACAGUCGACCACCCCAUCCUCCUGUCCUCCCUGGUAUGGAGAUCUGUGGCACAGCACUAGACUGGAUCGAGUCCUACCU